AUGAUUUUACUCAAGUGGUUUGCGGGGCCCAACCGGUACUUCCAGGGUAAAAUGGGCGCAAAACGUCCGGCCGGCGCUGUUGGGAUCAAGCGCUCGAAGGCUAGAGCGACGCAGUUGGGACAGACGGCACGCGACGCUGAAACUACCAGAUUGGUAGCGAAAGUGGACGAGUUGAGAUGGGAAUUGGCUUAUUUGCGGGCAAGAGUGGUGAUAUUGGAGGAGGAGACGGCGGCAUUGAAGGACGCUAAGGUGAUAGCUGAAUUGUACGGCUUGUUGAACCAUUAG